UGACUGUUCAGUCGUAAAGAUCGGUUUUGGGAUUAUUAUCGAAAUAAUACUCGUUUUAUAUUAAUUUUUUGUUUAAAGUACGGACUGACUUUUAAGUUUAGUGUGUUAAUUUAGCCGGUAAACAAGUGUUUAAGAAACGGCUGAGACAUGCGUUUGACGUUAAGUCUCACUAUUUGCUUAAUGCAAAUCUUUUUCUCAAGUGCCAACGCUAAUGAGGGCAAAUAUACUGUUAUCGCACCUGGCACCAUACAUUCAAAUGAUAAAUAUACGGCGGCAGUUGCAGUGCAUCACACUAGUCAGCCCUGUAAAAUUAAGGUGGGCAUUACAGGCCCUUCAUUCAAUGAAACCAAAGUUGUUGAGGCCUCUCAAAAUGAAGUGAAACAUGUCGAUUUUGAGUUGCCCGAAUUGGAAAAGGGUGAUUACAAUUUAACAGCUGAGGGUGUUGACUGUUUUGAUAACUUUAAGAAUACCACGAAGCUGAAUUAUGCCAAGUUUAAUAAUCAUGUGAGAAUACAAACCGAUAAGGGUUUGUAUAAGCCCGGAGAUGAUAUCAACUAUAGAGUGAUUUUCAUGGACAAAGAUUUGAAACCUGCUGCAGCAGAAAAGGAUGCUGUUAUAUGGUUUGAAGAUGGCAAACGUAAUAGAAUCAAGGAAAUUAGAGAUUUUGAGACUGUAAAGGGUGUGUAUACUGGCAAAUUUAAGAUCUCAGAGUUCCCAGUUACUGGAGGUUGGCGUUUGGGUGUUAAGAAUGGUGGAAGAUUUGAUAGAACCGUUUACUUUGAGGUGGAUAAAUAUGUGCUGCCCAAGUAUGUGGUGAAGGUAGAGGCCACCGAAUCAGUAUCGGUUAAGGAUGGUGAUAUGCAGAUUGUAGUAAGGGCCAACUACACCUAUGGCAAACCUUUGGAUGGCAAAGCCACUGUUAUUUUAUCUUUGGGCUCCGGCUACUACUUUGACAACAGCCGCAAUUCAGAGGUCAAUAUGGAAAAGAAACAACCUCCAAUUGUCAUUAAAACUGCCGAUAUGGUUAAGGGCAAGGCUAAAAUCGAUUUGAAUGUCAAGGACUAUGAACCUUAUUUGCCCUACAAAAACUCACCCUCCUACAUGGGCAUUGUGGCCACCGUCGAAGAACAAUUUACUGGGGUCAAAAUCAAUGGCACUUCCUCCUCUACCCUGUAUCCCUACCGUUAUGCCAUGAACUGUAUCAGUUAUGAUACCUGCUCCACCUUUGAAGUGGACAAAGAGAAGGAUGUUUUGUUCCAAAUCACCUACAUAGAUAGCUCCAAUCUUAAGGAUACCAAAUCGGUUAUUGAGUUAAUUUACAAAGAAGUUUUGCGCAAAAAUCACUGGUGGCAUCGCGAACGUGAGCUAGAGGAUGAUGAUUCGGUGGUGGUCACUACUAUGGAACCACCUGUUUCGGCCAAUCAUACGGUUACGUUUAAGGGUCAUAUGAAUGAAACUGGUUUUGCUAGCUUCAAAGUGUCAUUGCCCGAUUUGCCCGAAUAUGAGGGUUAUUCUCAUUAUUAUUCUUUGGAAUUGAAAUAUUUGGAUGAACAACGUGAACUUUAUACCACCUACCAGCAUAGAGAGCCCAAGAAAAUUGAAACACCCAAGGAAGAGGAUGAUAAGCCAAAGGAAUAUUUCAAAUUGUUGGAUAAAUACUCGCAGGAUUCAAAACUGUAUUUGAACAAGGCCGAUCAAUUCACUCUCAACUCUAGUCAACCUUUGCCAUACUUCGAUUACAAUAUCAUUGGACGUGGCAAUAUUCUAAAGAGUGGUCAUGUAGAUUUAGCCGAUAAACCCAAAGUCUACAAUUUAACCUUGACGCCAGAGCUAGCAUGGGCUCCCAAUUUCGGUAUAUAUGUCUACUAUGUAGAUGAAAAGGGUGAAUAUCAUUACGCCGAACAAAGAUAUCACAUUGAUUUUGAGCUGCAAAAUCAGAUCAAUGUCACCGCUGCCGAACAAGUUAAACCCGGCGAGGAAGUUGCCUUGAAAAUUCAAACUGAACCCAAUUCCUUUGUAGGUCUUAUGGCUGUCGAUCAAAGUGUUUUGCUAUUGAGAUCCAACAAUGACUUGAAUCCCCAUGAAUUCAACUGGGUUUUGGGUUCUUACAGCACCAAUACUCCACAUCAGGGUGGCUACUCGGAAUAUCCCGGCACCACUUCGGGUUGUGUUACCUUAACGAAUGCUGAUUAUUUCUAUAAUUGGACACGGCCUGAUUAUCUAUCAAGACCUUAUUCAGCUGCCGAUCGUGGUUUUAUUAGUAAUGAUGAUAUUAAUCUUAAGACUGUAGUAAAAUCCGGUGCUCCAAUGGCCGCUGCCGGGCAUGUUGGAUUUUCUGGUGCUGCUAAUGGUGGUGGAGGUGGAGGUGCCGGUGUUACUAAUGUGCAAGUACGCAAGGACUUUUCGGAAACUUGGUUGUUUGCCAAUAUUGAAAACACUGAAACUGCUGAAUUCACCUGGUCUAAGAAAAUACCCGAAACUAUUACAUCUUGGGUUUUAACUGCAUUCUCUUUGAAUCCUACCAAGGGUUUGGGUGUUACCAAGGAUCAAACUAAAAUCACCACCUUCUUGCCCUUCUUUAUAUCCAUACGAUUACCCUACUCUGUUAAAAGAGGCGAAGUUAUCAAUGUUCCUGCUUUGGUAUUCAAUUACUUAGACAAGGCUUUAGAUGUAGAAGUCACCUUAGACAACAGCGAUGAUGAGUACGAAUUCACUGAAUUCUCCAAUGAAGUUAUUACCGAACAGAAACGCUCUAAAACUGUACGUGUACCCGCUAAUGGUGCUGCUGGUGUAUCCUUCUUGCUCAAGCCCAAAGUCAUUGGCAAUGUCAUGUUGAAAUUCACUGCCAUUUCCCCAGUAGCUGGUGAUGCCAUACACAAAUCCAUGAAGGUGGUACCCGAGGGUAUUACUCAGUAUGCCAAUCGUGCCUAUUUUGUCAACUUGAAAAAGGAACCUGAGGUGAAAAACUCCUUUGAAUUGGAAUUGCCUGAGGACUUAGUACCCGAUUCAGAGCAUGUAGAAGUUGGUGUUAUGGGUGAUAUUUUGGGACCCGUUUUAAAUAAUUUGGACAACUUGGUGCGCUUGCCUACCGGUUGUGGUGAACAAACCAUGUCCACAUUACUGCCCAAUUAUUUGGUGAUGAAAUAUCUAAAGGACUCCGAACGUUUGACUCCCGCCUUAGAAACCAAAUUGCGUUAUAAUCUAGAUACCGGCUAUCAAAAUAUGUUGAAAUAUCGCCAUAAUGAUGGCUCCUUCAGCAGUUUUGGUCCUCCUCAAAUGAAGGACAAGCCACGCAAUGGUUCCACCUGGUUAACCGCCUAUGUUAUGCGUUCUUUCCAACAAAUCAAGCAAUUUGUGGAUGUUAACGACAAGAUCAUUGAUGAAGGUCUUAAAUAUUUAAGUCAACAACAGGCUGCCAAUGGUUCAUUCACCGAAAAGGGUGACUACUUCUAUGCCUCGCAGAAAAAUCAUGUUACUUUGACUGGCUCCGCUGUUUUGGCUUUACUAGAAAAUGCCACAUAUGCUGAAAAAUACUCCAACGAAUUGAAAAAAGGUUUAGACUUUAUGGCACAAAACAUAGAUAAAACCGAUUCCCUGCAAGCCCAAGCCAUGGGUACUUAUACCCUAAACAAGGCCAAACAUUCGGCCGCUAAAGAGAAACUAUCUAAACUUAAGACCCUGGCCAAAACCGAAAACGAUCGCAUGUGGUGGUCUUCUGACAAGAAACCAAUCGGUCCCAGAUGGUGGUUCUAUGUUUUCAGCAAUGAUGUUGAGAUUACUUCCUAUGCUUUGUUAACCAUGUUGGAUCAGGAAUCCACUAAAGUGGACGAUGUUUUGCCCAUUAUUAAGUGGUUGAUUGCUCAACGUAAUAGCUAUGGUGGCUUUGCUUCCACCCAGGAUACUGUUGUGGGUUUGACGGCCCUAAUUAAGUUUGCUAAAUUUGCCGAUUAUCAACCGGCUAAAAUGAGUGUGGAUAUUGAGUCCAAGGAUAAAAAGGAAACCAUUAAAUUGACAGAGGAGAAUGGCAUUUUGUAUCAAAAUGUAGAGAUGCCCCCUAAAACCAAAUCCAUUGACUUCACCGCCAAGGGUACUGGCAGUGCCCUCGUGCAAAUUGCCUAUCAAUACAACAUUUUCGAAAAGGAUCCUAAGCCCAGCUUUACCAUCAAAACUACAAAACUCGACAACAACCGACCAACACAUUUGGAAAUGUUAGUGUGUGUCAAUUAUGUGGGUGAAGGAGAAUCCUCCAACAUGGCUGUAUUCGAAAUUUCAACUCCUUCUGGUUAUGUUAUUGAUGAUGAAAGUCUCAAGGAAAUCAAGCAAUUGAAAAGAGUUAGCAACACCGAACUGAAAAACUCCGACUCUAUGCUGGUGGUCUACUUCGAUCACUUGUUUAAGAAUGAUGAGACCUGCAUGACAAUUGAGGCUUUCAGAACUCAUGCUGUGGCCAUGCAAAAGCCUGCACCCUUGGUUUUGUAUGAUUACUAUGAUACCAGCAAGAAGGCUACUGCUUUCUAUGAAGUGGAAUCAAAAUUAUGUGAUAUUUGCGAGAGUGAGGAGGAGUGCAGUAAAUGCAAAUAAGUAAUUAAAUUAUGUUAAAAUUUUGUUUUAUGGAAAUUUCUCUAGUUUGUUAUAUUUUAAAAUGCUUUUUAAUGUUUUCUAUAACUUAUGUACAUGUGCCUGUAAUUAUAUAAUUAUUGGAAUUAUAAGAUUUCUUAAUGAAACGAAUUAGAAAGAAUGAACUUAACUUUUUUUAGUAAUUUUAAGAGAUAAGUUAAAUAAAUAUUAUAUAUAUAAUAAAAAAGAUUUUGUAAAGAUAAUAAAA